AUGUCAUUGCCGCCCCAUGCGUUGAGCUACAUUGCCGCCGCUGCCCAAUGUCAGGACAGUCGAGCGCAGUACAUCUGGCUCGACGUUGAUCCCGGUCACGACGACGCUUUGGCCAUCCUCGCCGCCGUGCAUUUGCCUCAGAUCGCAGUCUUGGGAGUCUCGGCAGUACAUGGCAAUGCCUCCCUGCCCAAUACGACCCUCAAUGCUGCCCGAUGUCUCGAAGCAUUCGGUGCACCGCCAGAGAUUGCAGUCUACGCAGGUUGCUCCAGACCCCUCUUGCGGCCGCGUGUCGACGCAGCAGACAUUCACGGCUCAGAUGGCCUGGGCGGGGUAGAGGGACUACGGACGCUAUCGGAUGCCGCAGUACUUGGUCGUGUCAAUCGUUCGGGAGGCUUACAUCCGAGUACGGCCAUCGCGCUCGCAUGUGAAGUCGCCCAAAAGCGCGGCAAGAAGCUCACCCUCGUCGCUGCCGGUCCCCUCACCAACGUAGCCCUCUUUGUCUCCCUCUAUCCUCUGCUCGUUCGCGAUGCUCUGGCAGAGAUCGUCAUCAUGGGAGGCGCAGUCGGCGUCGGCAACAAGACCCCAGUAGCAGAAUACAAUAUCGUCUGCGAUCCGGAUGCAGCUCAGAUUGUGCUCGAUGCGGAAGUCAUCGUUCGUAUGAUCCCCCUCCAGUGUACCCACCAAGCAAUCUUAGACGGUCCUACACACGCUCUCAUCAGAAAUCCAGACGCUAAAGACACUGUCGCUGCACUGACAACGCCUGCAGUCUCACCGCUACGAACCAUGAUAUCCUCGCUCGUCACCUUCUUUGCAGAGACCUACAGAGACGCUUUUGGCUUCAGCCACGGCCCGCCCAUGCAUGACGUCCUCACCGUCAUGUACGUUGCCCUUCCCGAGCUCUUCACCGGCAAGCGCUACAGAGUCGACGUGGAGCGCUCUAGCCCCCUCACGCUCGGUCAGACCGUCGUAGACGUCUAUGGCGCCAAGUCAGCGAGUCUCGCUGCAAUGGCCGAGCCAGAGUCUGCUCAAUCUUGGGGUCCAGCCGGCAAGAACGUGUGGGUAGGAGAGAGUGUGCAGACCGUCAAGCUAUGGCAACACUUGCUCGAGUGUAUCAAGCAGUGCGACCGCGUCAGUCCUCUCAACAUCGCCUCGUCAAGCGCCGAGAGCACACCCAAGGCUAAUGCUACAGACGCCCUCGAAUCGCCCACUCCCUCGCUACCUGACGAGCCAGAUCCGACUCCUUCUGCCCUGGCCGACUCAAUAAAAGACAUCUUCGUCAAGACGCCGUCAAAUGGCAUCGGCGGCGGAGACAGCUAA